AUGGCCGAUUUCGGAGCAGACGAAAACUUAAAUGACGGAAACGAUAUUGAAUGGGUUAAUAAAUUAUUAACACGCAGAGUUUUGAGAAUUUGUGCGCUCCUGAGCCUAAUUUCUGUGAGCAUGAACACACCAAAAACCUUUGAUUCUCACCCUGUUCUAAUCUAUGUCACGUUCGUCAUUGAUCUCUUUGUAACAUUUUGUUUCACUGCUGAAAUGAUUGCCAAGAUGCACAUCAGAGGAAUAUUUAAAGGAGAGUUGGCCUACCUAAGAGACAGAUGGUCUCAGUUUGACGGAAUUAUGGUGCUCUGCUUGUGGGUGUCAGUCAUGCUGCAAAUGUUUGAAAUAUCAGAAGUGAUAGAUCGUUAUUCUUAUUGGUCGAUUAUUAGAUCUCCACGUCCUCUCAUACUUAUCCGGGUUUUUAGAGUUUUUCUGAAAUUUCAGCUGCCGAAGACAAGAAUUGAAUCAAUUUUUAAACGAUCAAGUCAACAAAUCUACAACGUUACAAUCUUUUUCUUGUUUUUUAUGUCUUUGUAUGGGAUUCUCGGCGUUCAGUUCUUUGGUGAGAUGAAGUAUCAUUGCGUUCGUAAUGGUACAGAUCCCAAAAACGUGUCGAUAAGAGAUCUGGCAAUCCCCGACACGUAUUGCUCGCCACACGACGACCUGACUCACCUCUGCCCUAAAGGUAUGGUGUGUAUGGAGUUAGAGUUGUCCAGUAGUCAGCAAGGAUUCAAUGGUUUUGAUGAAUUCGCAACAAGCUUCUUCACAGUAUAUGAGGCAGCAUCUCAAGAAGGAUGGGUUUUUAUAAUGUAUCGAGCUCUCGACAGCUUGCCGAAAUGGCGGGGUUAUAUCUUUUUCAUAUCUAUGAUCUUUUUUCUUGCUUGGCUUGUAAAGAACGUCUUCAUAGCCGUGAUCAUUGAGACGUUCGCAGAAAUAAGGGUUCACUUUCAGCAGAUGUGGGGCUCAAGAACUUGCACAACUGAUUCUGAUUCGUCACAGAUCUUGAUCUCGGACUUGGAGGGUUGGAAGAUGGUGUCUGUGGAUGAGACGAAAUCUCGGAGCAUCGUGCAGGCCGCCCUUCAGAAGGUCCUCAAGAUGGCGCCCUUCCAUAUCUUGAUAAUGACUUUGGUCUUGAUUAAUGCCGUAACCAUGGCGACCAUGAACUUUGACCCUAGGAAACCGGAACCUAGAAAGAGGGCCAGCAAUAUGUAUUAUUAUGCCGAGAUCAUGUUCACCUUGUUAUUUGACCUUGAGGCCAUUUUCAAGAUCUGCUGUUUGGGAUUGGCUGGCUAUUUCAAAAGAUCCGCCCACAAAUUUGAGCUAUUUUUAGCCAUAUGUACAACAAUACACAUACACCCCAAGUUCUAUCAUACCCAAUUUACGUACUUUCAGGUUUUGAGGGUUGUUCGUCUCGUUAAGGCCUCGCCUAUGUUGGAAGAUUUUUGUUUCAAGAUAUUUGGUCCCGGCAAGAAGUUAGGCAGCCUGGUAUUGUUUACCAUGUGCCUGCUUGUCAUCACGUCGUGCGUCAGCCUCCAGCUCUUCUGCUCCAUCAAAGAUUUCCAAAAUGGCUGGAACGAAGUGAUGCACCUGACAAUGUGGGAGACGGGGGAAAGGUUCGCCCCGCUUGUCGCCAUCUACUUCAUAUUCUACCAUCUCUUUGUCACCCUGAUCGUGGUCAGUUUAUUCGUGGCUGUCAUCUUGGACAAUUUGGAACUCGAUGAAGAUAUCAAAAAAUUAAAACAGUUGAAGCUGAGAGAGCAAGUAGCAGAAACCCAGCAGAAUCUUCCACUGAGAUUAAGAAUAUUUGAGAAAUUUCCAAAUCAGCCCCGAAUGAUAAAACUGACGCGCACAUUUUCCGAUUUUACACCGUCAAGAGUUAGGGAAAGUUUUUUGAGACAGUUUCUUGAACAAACCCAAGAUAUUGGCCAAACUUCAGCGCAGCAGCAACAGCAACAACACGCAAACAACAACAACAACAAUUUUAAUACAAAUAACAACAACAACAGCAACAACAUGAAGUACAACAUCGAAAUCAACGUUACAUCCUUCGACAGUAAUAACAACAAGUUCAUAAGCGAUGAUGACGACGACGACGAUGCCAGCCUGUCCGUAACUUCCGGUAUAACAACUUCCGGCAUGGGCGGUACAACUAUUUCCGCUUCCGCCGGAUCUACUUCCGGUGCCGAACACAAGAGGGAUGAUAACGAUAUUAAGAUCUUGCAGCAGAAAAGACACGAAGCUGAAGUUAAAAGAUCUCAACAGGAAGAAGACCUGAGAGAGAACCACCCAUACUUCGACACGCCCCUCUUUGCUAUUGGCCGAGAUUCUAAAUACCGCAAGAUAUGCACGAUGAUUGUUGUCGCUAGGUACAAGUACACUGGAGUCGACCCAAUUAAAGGCAGAGAAGUUAAGAGUAAAUAUAAACAAAUACAAAAGCUCCUGGGUUUAAUGACCUACUUAGAUUGGACGAUGAUCAUCAUCACUACCGUUUCGUGCAUAUCAAUGAUGAAUGAAACUUCACUUCAGCGUGUCAACAAUACGCUAGCGUUACAGAUAGCAGAAUACGUAUUUGUCGUCUGCAUGAGCAUAGAGAUGCUGUUGAAAGUCUCGGCGGAUGGACUACUUUUUACUCCGCACGCCGUAGUACGCGACAUUGGCGGAGUUCUUGACCUAUUUAUCUACGCUGUCAGUUUGAUCUUUUUGUGCUGGAUGCCUGAGACGGUACCGCAGAAUUCCGGGGCCCAGGUGCUGAUGAUACUGAGGUGUCUGAGGCCUCUGAGGAUCUUCAUCCUGGUGCCCCACAUGAGGUGCGUCGUCUAUGAGCUCUGCAGAGGCUUCAAGGAGAUUCUACUGGUUUCCAUCUUGUUGAUAUUACUGAUGUUUGUUUUCGCAUCGUACGGAGUUCAGUUGUUCGGAGGCAAGCUAGCUAGAUGCAAUGACCCACAAAUUAAAAAUCAAUCAUCCUGCACUGGCAUAUACUUGAGGCCGCUCUUCAUCACCAAAUUGAAAAUCGGGCCAAAGGUCACUGACCCGACCUACCCUAAAAUAUUUGUCCCCAGAGUCUGGGCGAACCCCAGAAACUUCAACUUCGACAACAUCGGAAACGCCAUGCAGACGUUAUUUGAGGUCCUCUCCUUAGAAGGCUGGCUCGAAGUUAGGGAUGUCAUUAUCGAGAGAGUUGGGCCCCAUCAUGCAGUGUUCAUCCAUUUAUUCGUUUUCAUUGGCUGCAUGGUCGGGCUGACGUUGUUUGUGGGCGUAGUCAUAGCCAAUUACAUGGAGAAUAAGGGCACAGCCCUGCUAACAGAGCAGAGUAAAUUAAGGACUCUGAUGUUUGACAUAACGCAAAAUAUUAUCUUCAAGAGGUUCGUUGCCGCACUCAUUCUCGUCAACUGUGGUCUCUUGGCCGUGCCCUGGCUCACCACGGAAAAACAUACGUACUACCUGGCCAACCUAUCUGUAGUCUUCACACUGAUGUUUCUCUUGGAGGUAAUCAUGAAGAACAUAGCUCUAAGUCCGGCUGGCUACUGGCAAAGUAGGAGGAAUUGUUUCGACAUGUUUGUGACCUUUCUGGGGGUCGUUUGGAUAGUUCUCCACUUCUCAUUGGACGGGAAUAAUACAAGUAACCACUUUGGCUACUUUGUCAUCAUUCUCCGCUUCUUCACCGUUACUGGCAAGCAUGCAACCUUAAAGAUGUUGAUGUUGACCGUGGUGGUUUCAAUGUUCAAGAGUUUCUUCAUCAUACUUGGGCUCUUCCUCCUGAUGCUCUUCUACGCCCUGACCGGUGUCAUCCUGUUUGGCUGCGUCAAGUACGGUGAGGACCUGGGGAGGCAAGCGAAUUUCAAAUCAGCCUGGAACGCUGUGGUCCUACUAUUCAGAAUCGUAACAGGGGAGGAUUGGAAUAAGAUAAUGCACGACUGCAUGGUAGCUCCGCCAUUUUGUACAAGGGGAAAAAAUUAUUGGGAAACUGAUUGCGGUAACUACCGAGCGGCCCUGGUCUAUUUCUGUACAUUUUACGUCAUCAUCACGUAUAUAGCGCUUAAUUUAUUAGUGGCAAUCAUCAUGGAAAACUUUUCCCUAUUUUACUCGAAUGAAGAGGAUGCGCUCUUGAGCUACAGCGAUAUUAGACAGUUCCAGGUCACGUGGAAUAUGGUGGACGAUAAUAAGAGAAACGCUCAUGGCGUGAUAUCAGUUCGUAGGGCAAAACUUCUGCUCCAUCUUUUGAAGGGGCGUUUGGAGGUGGACCUCGAGAAAGAUCGUCUGCUCUUCAAACACAUGUGCUACGAGAUUGAGAGGUUGAGGAAUGGUGAGGACGUGACCUUUCAUGACGUUUUGAGCAUGCUGGCCUACAGAUCAGUCGACAUUCGCAAGAGUUUGCAGUUGGAAGAUUUGCUGGUGAGAGAGGAGCUGGAGUAUGCCAUCGAAGAGGAGGUCGCCAAACAGACCAUCAGGAACUGGCUCGAUAAGUGUCUGAAGAGAUUUAGAAUGAAAGAACAUUCUAACCUAAUUUCUAACCUGCGAGCGACGAACGCACCGUCAUCGUCGUCGGCUUCAUCGUCGUCACCAGCCGUUGCAACGGCUGCCACCAGUGAAAUCGUCUGCCUCAUCACCGAAUCGACGGUUCCGACCAUUACCGAGACGAAGGAAGAUGGCGUCAGCAGUGACGUCAUUUCAGGAGUCGCUCUGAUUGGAGGAGGAGGUUUGACGGUUGGAGGAGCAAGACAGAGAAGAAAGAUUGAGAGAAAUACUAGCGCCCCACUGCCUGGAAUGUUACAGGCGCCAUGUUCUCGAAAGUAUUUGGCGCCAUCGUUGAGUGACGGAGCGAGCAGGCAAGAUAAGCUGGCGCCAAUUGUGAUGGGAGUCAAAAAAAGAAGUCCUAGGAUGCAUACAAGUACGUCAUUUUCAAUUUUUAUCUUACAUCUUUUUAACUCAACCACACGGUGA